CACACGGGAAGGACGAAGGAGAGAAGAUUAAUCAGAUCGUCAAACAAACAUCACCAGAAAAUCCAACCAUCAGCGCCACAAGUUUAGUACUCACGACAGACUGCUUCCAAAUCGUAAUAACAGCCACUGCAGAACAUCCUACAUCUAAGUUUCUUGUUGUUUUUUUUUGUUCAGCUGAGGAGAAACUGACAGCGAGGACUCUUUUUUCAUCCUUAUAUGUUGCAUACAGAGGGGGACAGCCUUGGACAGCUAAUCUCGCCAGAUGGAGAGAAAUCCCUCCAUCUUGUAAACACGCAGAUCGGAUGAAAGAGGGAAAUCGAGAGAUACGUGGUGGAUGAUGGGAUAGAGGGCGUAAACAGAGGAUGGAGUUCGGGUGUAGUUGAGGGUAAAACACAUUGCCUUGGAACCUUUUACUCUAAUGAUUUCCUACUUUGAUGUCUGUUAUCCUCUCGUGAUACUUCAAAACUUCAUAAUCGCUCCCGUUAUACUCUUCCACAGCCCGCUUCAGAAAUGAGUUAUCACUAGAAAUUAAAAGGUGUUUUCCACAGGUUUGCAUCUCGAAUGAGGCUAAAAAAAAAAAAAGUUAAUGUGUGCAAACCGUUCUGAUCCAUGACUUUAUUUACUUGUUUGAAGAUCACCAGGUUCAUCCAGUAUUGACAGUUGGGGGCUGAUGACUCCGGCUGAGAGUCACCAGAAGAGAAACUUUAAAACACGAACAAAGCGCUGACACUACGAGGCUACUAAUCAGAACGAAGGAGGCGUUUUGGAUGAGAGACUCAUCUCACAAGAAUCUGAAGCAAGUUCAGUCCUUUAGAACUUCCAGAUAUACAAAGACCUGGACGACCGCAGACAUACUUAAUUAAUUGAUUAGUUGAUCGACAGGAAAAGUGUCUGGCACUUUUUCAAUCGCAUAUUUAUCAAUAACUUCUUCUAUCAUGUAAAACUACUGAACAGUCUUUCUCAAAAAGAGAUUUCUUAAUUGAUUUGAUUCAUAUCAGUAUGAUGGGUUUUUUACACUACUACAACAUUACAGGCUCUAUAAUACAUGUGAUGGACAUUUGUAUUUUUUAACAUUUUGUAGGCAAAAUGAUUGAUUGAUUGAUUGAUUGAUUGAUUGAUUGAUUGAUUGAUUAGAAGAAAAAAAAGUUAAUUGUUGAAAAUAAUCCUAAAUAUAUAUAUUUUUUUAUAUUUUUUUAAUUUAGAAGAUUUCUGUUAUAUUUUGGACCUGUUUAACAGGUUAAACCACGAAGCUGUGCUGUAUUCUUACAGUAUUUAAGGUCUGAUCUUAUCUCUGGGCAUAACAAAGAGGAGGUGGAGGUGAAUUGAGGUCUUUCACUGUGAUGCUGAGGCCUAUAUAAGGUACUCUCACCAUGUGGAAGGCAGCACUCUUGACCUUGGGUUUUUUGGUGGCACUGGUAGACAGGGUGGAAUCCAAUGAUGGCCAUCCCUCUUUCUAUGGUAUGAAGCUGUGUGGAAGAGAGUUCAUACGAGCUGUCAUCUUUACCUGUGGUGGCUCUCGCUGGAGGAGAAGCGUAGGAGACUCAGCUGUUAUUGGAGACGAGGACUUUGACCCAUGGAACACAAAUCCUGACCCUCAACUUAACAGCAAACAGGAUGGGCCCCAAGUAUGGAAAACUCAGGCUUUGGAUUUGGCGUCGGUGGCUGCGGGAUUCAGCCGCUCAGCUCGCACGCCACUCUCAGAGGAGGUGAUGGAGGCUCUACGGAGCGCAGAUAGGAAAGGACGGGAUGUAGUGGUGGGACUGUCCAAUGCCUGUUGCAAGUGGGGCUGCAGCAAGAGCGAAAUCAGCUCCUUGUGCUGAACCUAGUUUCUUAAAUAUCCUGUCCUCUCAUCAGUGCAGAGCUCUAAUGUUUUUAUGUGAUUCAUCCAUUUCUUAAACCCACUGUAUCCCUCUCCACAUCAC